UAUCAGUAAACCAAUGGACUAGAUCAAGAGCUGGAAUGCACCGUGAAACAGGUGGCAACAAACUCCACCCGAUAACAAAUCUACGUAUUGAAGAUCAGUAUAUUCCUGACAAUGCGGACAAUAAAUUUAGGAGGUGUAUAGAGAACGAAGUUAUACAUCGUAACAAUCAUCUUCAAAAUGAACGAGCCUACCUAAAAUAAUUCCAUUAGUUGCGUCAACAUUGGAUUAUUGUAAAGGCUUGGGAACAUUUUUAUUGGAAGAUGGAAUUGGUAGGAAUACACAUCACUUUGGCGCUCUUUUGGAUGAUAUCUUUCGCUAGGAUAUCUUAUCAAGCAGAAAAUGUGCUUUAUCCAUUUGGGCAAGCAGAGGGAGAUACGCAGCUUCCAAGCAAUGACGAUGGUGAUUCGGGGAAAAUAAAACUCUAUAUGAAAUUCCCAUAUUUUGAUGAAAAUCACGAAUCGCUCAUAGUGAACACGAAUGGCAUCAUCUCGUUUAUCAAGAACGUCUCCCAGUACACACCCGACGUUUUCCCUCUCGACGACGAUCGUCGUAUCAUCGCUCCGUAUUGGGCCGACGCCGAUACGUCGACUCAACGUGGUGAGAACGGUAAAGUCUGGUACAGGCAAACGAACGACACUACUCUGCUAACGAAUCUUACGGAUCAGAUUCGAAGCGUUUUUCGAGUCGAGUUCAGAUUUCGGCCUUUCGUCGCCACAUUCGCGUUCGUGGCGACAUGGGAAAAUGUGACGUUCUAUUCCAUUAGCGGCGGUGCUGCCGUAAAGACCAAUACAUUUCAGGCUGCGCUGGUGUCUGACGGGGACUAUUCAUUCACAAUAUUUAACUACGAGCAUCUCGAGUGGACUACGGGGAGCUCGAGCUUCGGGAACAAAGGGACUGGACUGGCGGGAAACAGCUCCGAUGCCGUGGCCGCUCAAGUCGGUUUCAAUGCUGGUGAUGGGAGUAACUACUACUCGGUACCAGGAUCAAGAACGGAUGCGAUCCUUGACAUCAGCCAUACCAGCAACAUCCUGGUGCCAGGGAGAUGGGUCUUCAGGAUCGAUGGCAGGUCCAUCGAAGCAGGAGGAUGCGGAGAAGAUACCACUCAACUUCAAAUCUCCCCUCAGCAAGUGAGCAUGCUCGGGGGUGAUGUCCUAUCGAUAUCAGGGCCCUGCUUUGAGAGCACAAACAAAAUCCUCUGCCGUAUGGAGGACGUCGUGAUUGACGCCAUUUACGAUCCCGAGAAGGACCCGUUCACUGUUAGGUGUCCAUCCCCUUUGUUUUUGCGUGCUGGUCCUGCCGAUGUGGAGUUGUCCAGAGAUGGCGGGAUAUCGUACAACUAUACCGGACGGGUCUCCGUAGUCGGUCUUGACCGGAUCGAGCCAUCUAUUACCGUACAUGAGCAGUCUGCCGACAUCUUAAACGUGACGUGGAACACUGACGGGUUUCCCAGUCCUGACUCCACGGCUCAAGAAGACAUCGCCAUAGAUAUUCUGCUGUACCUCUACGAGGAAAGUGCAACGACGGGACUUGUGCAACUGGCCCCGGCAAGCCGCAUCCAAAGUGGCAUCAAACUUGCCAAUGGUCAGAUCUUUUUGAAACUGAUGGACAUUUCUGCUGAAGUAACAAGUGGGAGGAGCGUGGGCAUUUUCCGCAUCACGGAGGCGGGAGUAGUAGACACUACUCUUUCAAAUAGAUGGGUCAAUGGCGACCCGGACAUCAUGGACAUGGAAUAUCCUAUAGCCGCCAUGUGGUCCUUGCCCUUCAAUCUCAACCCAGACUCCAGCCCAGCCGCAGCGGCACGCUGGUGUGAGACAUGGGCGUCGGAUCAAAUCCCUUUCCGAACGACUGGGGACAACAUCCCGCCUUGUCCGUGUCUCCUUUCACAGGCUCUGGCGGACAUCAGCGUGUUCGAGCGCUACCCGUGGUGCAAUCAGCGCCUCGAUGACAGGUGUGAAUACCGUCAGGAAGCCAAGCACUGUGUCAGAGCUAGGAUAGCGAGCAAUCUCGGGCACGGUCAGCUGUGCUGCUAUGGCGUUGACGGUAACCUGAUGCACUUAAACGACACUCCCGCCGGCGGCUACACCCAAAAGCACCACCACCGCGGCUUCCUGCCUCCCAAGUUCCCCGGCACCAUCCCAUACCUCUCCAACUACCUCCGGGAUCGCAUCCCGUGGGAGGAGUGCUGUGGAAAGACCGGAAGUGGUACAGAGGAGGAGAAAGAUCAUUGUGACCUCUUCAGGGGUCUGCGGCCGUCUGAUGACUGCAAGUUUUAUAGAACACCUACAGUCGCGGCUGUAUUCGGUGAGCCUCAUCUGAUCACGUUUGAUGGCAAAGACUACAUCUUCAACGGCUACGGGGAGUACGUACUGGUGACUACCAAGGAUACAACACCAUCGGAUCUACGUAUAGAGGUUCAGGGGAGAAUGCAACAAAUAGAUGAAAAUGUUAAGGCGACUGGUUUGACGGCUGUAGCUAUCAAGAGUGACACCUCAUCCACGGUUCAGAUAGAACUAAACGAACGAAGAGAAAUGGAUGCAUGGAUCAGAACCCGUGAUGGAAGCAACGAUAGAUGGAAUCACAUCAACUUUGUCAGAAGUAACUUCUGGAUGGACAAUGGUGUUACGAUCGAGUUGGGUUCCACCGACGACAACCGCAAGCUCUUCUCGGUCACGUUCGACCAGGGAAUCGCCGUGGUGCUCGAGAAGCCUCCUAACAGCAAUGCGAUGUCGAUCCAAGUUUACCUCCCUCCUACUCUAAAGGAACAGGUCCUAGGUCUCUUGGGGACCUGGAACAACCAAACAUCCGACGACUUCACAUCUCCGUCUGGUCGCAUCAUCUCCGGCCUCUCACAAGAGAAUCUGCACAAGUUUUUCGGCCAGGAAUGGAAUGUUAAUCCUGUUAAAACACAUUUCCGAUACGAGGUCGGAUUAAAUUACUCUUUGAUCAACGACGAGGACUUCGAGCCGAACUACGACUUCCCAGACUUUGUGACCGACGAUGAACUCGACGAAGUCUGCGCCGAUGAUAAGUUCUGUCGCUAUGACUACAAAAAGACGACGAAUCCAGAUAUGGGAGAAGCCGCCGGGCAUGCGCACUCUGAGUGGGAACGAACGCGAAAUCGGACUACUAAUGUCGUAAGCUGUGGCUACCUUCCACCGCCGGGUAAUGGCAGCAAGAUGGGCGUGGUCUAUCUAGGAGGGACCACGGUAACCAUGGCAUGUCACAAAGGAUUUGAUUUGAUGGGUACAAUCGAAUGGCAUUGUAGCCCUAUGGGUAGCUGGACUACAACGACACCGACACCGACGCCAACGACGUGUGUUGAGAGCGAGACCAAUAUGUGGCUUAUCCUCUAUAUCGUGAUGGCUAUUGUGGCUUUCCUGAUCUUGAUAUCGUGCUGCCUCAUCUGCUUUGUGUGUUUCAUGAGAAGACGCAAAGACAAAGAACACGACAGAGAAAGGGGCAGAUCCAAAUCCAACGCUGGGUUGUCUGUUGCCUACCAAAAUGCAGCUUACAUGCCGGAUGGAGGAGAAACGAAGAUAAAUGGUGUCACGCCCACUUUAAACGGAGUAAGCAAUGGCAAUGGUGCCUCACAUCACAUCGCCAGGGACGCAGCGACGGAUGGAGGCGGGGCUUAUGGUCAACCAGCCAAUGGGCAUGCCGCAAAUGGACAUACAGCUAACGGGCACGCAGCAGCCAAUGGACUCACAGCCAAUGGGCACGAAGCAUCAAAUGGACACGCAGCCAAUGGGCACGCAGCAGCAAAUGGAAACACAGCCAAUGGGUAUUCAGCGAGCAGCAUGUAUGGCCACGGAGCUGAUGAUGAACAUUGGAACAGAACAUUGGAUUCAGCUAUCGGAGUUGUGGGCGUGCCAGAGGGCGGAUCAACAUCCAGUGGCAGUGUAAGCAGUCCAAGGAGACCCGCCCAGCCUUCGACAAGUCGCGGUGACCAGCCGUCAACAUCCGAUGAUCCUGCCAACUACAAGGGCAAAGCUCCGCCCAUUGAAAAGAAACUGAAGAAGAAGGCGAAAGAGAAUCCUUAUGGCGCAUUACCUGGUCUAAAAUCCAAACUGAACAAUCCGGAUUAUGAGACAUUAUCAAAAUAUCGGAAGGAUAUUCCCGCUCUCGGAGAGGAUCAUAGUGAUGAGGGUGAAGAUGAGAUUUCGAUCAUCAAAGCACAAAUUAAACGGGAGCUGGCAAAAGACCAAGAUGAACGACGUUGAGAUUGAUUGAAAUCACAAGCAUUAUAUAAUAUUUUCUUUUUCUUCAUCUCGUGCCCAACGGGGACUGAGAAAAGUAAUGAUUACUUAUUAUGUUGAACCAGUAUCACAAAAACGAUUAUCUAUUAGUAUUAGCCUAUAUAUGUCUUUCAAUGUUUUUUUAAAGGCAUUUCAGAAUAUUGGGAUAUUUUAUAGUGUUUUACUUACUGAAUACUUAUAUAUUUAGUUAGCAAAGUCAUAAAACGACAGUACAACUGAUAUUUUAUAACUUAUGUCUUUUAUUGCAACAUCGAUUUUUUUUCUAAGCCAUUCAGAAUUAUGGGUUAUUAGAGUUUAAUGACUCCAUAAUUAUGAAUAUGUAGAGACAAAAUAAUAAAAAGUGACAGAACAACAGUUAUUAAUAGCCUACGUCUUUCAUUUCGAUUAUUGGAUUUAUACUUUUUCUAAGGCGUUUCAGAAUAAUAGGAUUUUAUAUUGUUGUUUUAGGGAUUGCUUAUUAUGUUAAGUCAGUAUUAUCAUAAAGUGACAGAAUAAUGCUAUGUCUUUCAAACAUUGGACAUCGAACACACUUUUUUGUAUGGCAGUUCAUACAUUUGGGUUGUGUUUUAGUGACUACUCAUUAUGCAGAGCCAGUAUUAUCAUAUAGUAACAGAACAACGCUUUGUCUUUCAAACACUGGACAUCGAAUUUACUUUUUUGCAUGGCAGUUCAUAAAUGUGGGACUACUAUCAUAAUGUUGAGCCAGUAUAAUCAUAAUGUGGUAGCACAACGGUUAUCUAAUACCUCAUGUUUUUCAUUGAGAUAUCGACUACUUUUUACUAAGGCAUUUGAGAAUUAUGAAUUCUUACAAAAUGUUUUAGUGACUUCUUAUAAUGUUGAGCCAGUAAAGUGCCAAACAACGCUAUGUCUUUCAAACAUGAGACAAUGAAUAUACCUUUUUUGUAAGGUAGUUCAUAAAUAUGGGUUAUAACAUUGUGUUUUUUCAGUGACUAUUAUAAAUGUUGAGCCAGUGUAAUCAUAAAGUGACAACAUAACGGUUAUCGGUCUAAUAGCUCUUGUUUUUCAUUGCGAUAUUGAAAAGACUUUUUGAAGGCAUUUUAGAAUUCUUACAUAAUAUUUUAGUGACUACUUUUAGAAGAUGAGCCAGUAUAUAAUGGUGAAAUGGCAGCAUAACGGUUAUCUAAUAUAGCUUGUAUAUUUCAUUGAUAUAACGAACAUUAUAUAAGGCAUGUUAUCAUGUGGGAUAUAACAUUAUGUUUUUAGUUUGACUUGUUCUAAUAUUCUGUCUUGGGAAAGACGCUUUUCCAAUCAUCU